CUGCAGAAAACCGGUUGAUCUGAGUUCAAGUUGCAGCAGCUGAGAGCUUGCCGGGGCGUUCCGUACACUACUCAAAAGAGGCGAAGAGCGGAGCCAGAACAACUGGAAGGGAGGACAUAUAUCCUGACAUCGGAUCUCGAAAAGACUUAGUAUGGCGUUCAACGCAAAGAAUCUGGAAUACGACAAACAUGAACCCUCCUUCCUCCGCAAGUUGCGAGGAGAGUACGGUGGCCUCGAUGGACGCCACAAUGUCCAGAUCGCUCGGCCAAAGAAGGAUAGACUAAAAACGGGAGACGGCGACGAAGACGAGCCUGUCAUUCUGGAUGAAGCAGGCCAGAUAGUCGAAAAGUCCGAAUUCGAGCGAAGACUCAAAGGAGACGACGGGAUCGAUCCAGACAAGCAGCCUAGCGUGGAGGAACUUAAGGACGAAAGCGAAAUCGGCGGAGAAAACGAGCAGCAAAGCGAAAGGCAGAAAGUCACCGAGAUUGGCGGGCCAGCGCACGUGAAGAAGCGCAAGGCUGGGAAAGUAGUAGGGGACGAUGAGGACGAAGCAGAUGAAAAAGCGGCAGCGAGGAAUGAUGCGAAAAUCGAAAGGACCACCUACGAUAGUGGCGGGAUUAAGGAUACGAAGACGAAAGGCCCACCCAAGAAGAAAGGCAAGAAGAUCAAACUGUCUUUUGACGACGCAGAGGGAUGAAAGCAGUAUCAUGAUGACCAACAACACUUCGACCGCUGCCGUGAUGGUUGAAAAGGAGACUGAAGAUAAGAGCAUUCUCGGUUUCUGAAGAGUUAAUCUAGAGCCCGUUGCGGCCCUGAGGAGGAAAGGGCACCAUUACAGUCCAUUCAAUUCGCCGACGAUCAGACGGGAUGAGCAAUGUCGAGUCCCUUUCGAGCACAUCGAUUCCUCAAUUGCUGGAGUGUCCUUGGAGCCGGUAUUGCUGAAGCCUUGUGAGAUCCCUCCUCAAGUCAGCUGAAUUGACGAGGGAGCCCUUUAUCGGUUGUGCAUUCGACAGAGAUGCCGCAGGUGCAUACAGUAAUCGCAAAUACGGCAUUACCGCACAGUCCCGCCUUCACCAGGUCAUGGCCGUUGCGCCCGCGGACAAAAAAAGAAUCCAGAAGCAUGAAUAGUCUUCCAAGAAGUUAGGAAAGGUGACUCCAGAUGUUGAACAUCCGGAGUGUACUCUUCGAACCCUCCCGGAAGCAGGGACUGAGCCAAUUCACCGGUGAGACCUCCUGCCAAUCCGCGAGGUCUUAUAGGCUGGGGAGAUAAGCAGUCGUGCAAAAUACGAGUCUUGGACCGUCGGGCGGCAGCACGUCUGCCUGCAUUUUGCCAGAUGUGCUCUAGUCAACACCCGGUGGUAGCAGGCCACAAGCCUCCCAUCACGCAAGUCAUGAACCAUCGAAUGGCUUUUCUUAUAGAUCUAUGGACUAAACCCGUCCGAGGACACUUCUAGUUUGUCUUCAGCGUCUUCUGCUUCUCUGCUUCCCUCCCACCCCGUGGGCC